AUGUCGAAGGCUUCAGGAUCUGAGGAUGAGCCGCUGGUGCCCGAAGAUUUUGAUGAUGAUUUCUUCAGGGAACUCUGCGAGAAGAUGCCUGAGGCAACUAAGGCGCUACGACAGAAGGACACUCCCAACAAUGCGGACAAUGUGCAACGUCUGCUCAUCUGCGGCACCCGAUACAAGAAUGAUUUACGCAUGGAGGAAGGAAGAUCGCAGGAGUUGAGAGAACAGAUCGCGACACUCGAGAGUCGCUUAGAAAAUGAGGCGCGAUUAAGCAAGUUGGACUUGGCAACCAUUGAGGAACUGCGUGGUGUUAUAGAGGGUGCUUGGAAGCAGAAGGAUGCGGCACAGAUACGCGAGCAGACGGCACAGGACGAAGGAUUGAGGUUGCGAGAGAAACUAGAAUCCGCGGAGCAGAUGGUGACACAUCUGAAGGAGAAAGGCAUAGCCAUGAGCAACAAGAGGGAUGAUAGCAAGGAAUGCGAAAGGCUUAAUGGUGAAAUUAAAGAUCUAAAUAAACGACUUCAGCUUCAGCGCGUCUACACGGCCGAAGUGGAGGCCACCAUCCAGACACUGGAGGGCAAGAACAAGGAGUUGCUUAAGCUCCUAGAUGAAACCUCCAACGAUGCAUGCAACUUGAAACGGAAAUGCGAUGCUCUCGCCAAGGAGCUGAGCACAAUGAAGAGCGAGGAGACCAAGUAUCUGGAGCAAAUAGCGCACAUCAAAUCCCAAAACGAGCAUCUAACCAAGGUGAAAGUGCGUCAGAAUCUGCAAAUUCUCUCGCUGAAGACAAACAUGGAGCAUCUCAACACCCUGCACAAUAGCACCUGCAAUAAGCUGGCCAAGAUUACAGUCGAUCUGGAGUACACGGUGCAGGAACGGGACAAAAACAAGCGUGCGCUAACACAGCGCAUUAAUCUUCUAAAAGUACGCGAAGAUGAGCUCAUCAAGCAGCGCCAGGAAGCCGCAAAGUUGGCCAAGUCUCAGGAGACCAUUGCACGCAAAUACGGCGGCCUGGAGAUGUCCAAACAAGAAGUGGAGCAGGAAAAUAUGCGACUAAAAACACAGUUGGGCACACAGGACAAGGAGUUGGAGUCUAUGCGACGCGUGGUGCAUCAUUUCGAGAAGAACAACGAGAAUCUGACCAAGGAGAGGGAUGUCCUUAAGCGGGAUCUGCAAAGCGAGCAUCAAACCGCCGAGCAGUGCAGCGCAUUGUAUCAGGAGUCGCAGCAUGAGGUGCGUGCUCUCAAAGAUAUUAUCAGUGGAAUGGAUCUGAAAGUGAAAAAACAACUGGAGGACAUCAAGAAGCACAAAAAGGAGAAGUCCAAAAAGCUGGACGAGAUUCAGCACUGGAUUGACAAAGUCGACCUGCUGCAAAAUGAAAUUCACCUCAAGGAGAACUACGAAAUCGAGUUGAAGCGCACGAUAAGCGAUCUGGAGACCAAAUGCUUAAAGUUUCAACAACAGCACGAUCUUUUGACGAAUGAGCGUCAAAGCUUGCAGAGAUCUGUUCAAGCUGCUGACGAGGAUCGUCAAAAGCUGCGAGAUCAGUUGGCCAAUCUGCAGGCACAGAUCGAAACGCUGAAGGGCAAGAUUACUUAUCGGGAUGGAGAGCUGAGCAAAUUGCAACUGCAAAUCGAUCGCAUGGAGAAAGAGCGUCGUCUCCUGCGCAACGAUGUGCGCCAUGCUCAGUUGGGUCAGCAGCACACCAAGGCGGAGCUGUUGGACAAACGCAAGGAGAACGAUCGUCAUGCCAAGUCGCUGCAGGAGGAUGAGCAGCGUUUGGCUCGAUUGCGCAAGGAUGUCGACAAUCUCAUGAAUGAGAAGAACUCGAUUAAUGCGGCGUUGACCAAACGCAACGAGGAGUACGCACGUCUUCAGCACAAUUUGGAGAAUUUACAGACAGCCUACGAUCAAACGGAACGUCAGUGUUCCCAGUGCCAGGACGACAUGCGUUUGAUGGCCGUGGAGAUUAAGAAUUUACGCACUGAACGCAAUGUACUACGUGCUGAUCGUGAAAGUGCCGCCGAUCUUCGCCAGGAGCUACUACAAAUGCAACGUCUUCUCAACCAGGAACGCAUCAAGGCACGUGCCCUGCAGGAUGAACUGAUGACACCCAUGAAUAUCCAUCGCUGGCGACUCUUACGCGGCAAGGAUCCUGAAAAAAUGGACCUCCUCGAACGCAUUCACAUUCUGCGCAAACACCUCCUGGGACAGAAUGUGGCUGCCUUGGAGCAGGAACGUGCCCUCAACGAGGCCCAACAACUCUACGCGGCCUUGAAGGAGUUUAUGUUGAAGCUGCCCAGUCACAAGGUGCAAGCGGAGCUGAACACGAUCAAGGCCAGUUUAUCCGCAAAGGAUCGCAAGCUGAAGGUUCUCAUGGCCGAGCUGAGUGCCAGGGAGGCUGACGACAAGUCCAAGGCAAUGAAGCUGGAAGAGAUGCGGGGCAGCCUGGCACAAACCAAGACGCAGCUGCUGGAGGAGAAGCGACGCAAGCAGAAGCUGUUGGAGGAGCGUCAGCUUCUGGAGCAGAUGCAGGCACAUUGCUACUCAGCUCCUGCACAGCUUCCUCGCACUUUGGGCGCCGGCUUCAAGAUGGUCAGCACGCUGCUUUAGAUAUACAUCCUCAUUUCAUCUGUAUAUACUCACUGACUAUAAUAAAAAGGCGACUAUUC